GAAGAGCCAUCAAGUCCUUGGCUCAUCCCCAAAAGGAGAUGCCUAGGAAAGCAUACAAAAGCAGGGCAAGGAUGACUAUGGACCCAGGAGCUUUGUUUAAGCUGCGCAAAUGGCUAAUUAACAAAUUAAAGCGUUGUAAUGAGAGGCACGGAGGGAUUUGUUGUUUGGCUCUGUCCUCUCAUUAACCCUCUUGGGCAGUUCCAGUGAUUUGAUCCUUCUCCUUUCCGGGCUGGAUAAUCCCAAUCUCUCCCCAUCCCUCCUGGGCUUCAGUUUGGUGGCCUGACAUGGUAUGCCUCGUACUGGGAAGCCCCAAACUGGUCCCUGUACCCAGAGAUGGGCUCACACGUGCUCAUGGGGGGGGGUGAUCCCUCCGCCCCUCGCUCUAGUUAAUGCAGCCCCGUAGGGGAUUGAUAUCGUUAGCGCGUGGUCCUACCAUGGACAAUGCAUGGACAACUCUGAUGCAUGGACAACUCGUCACCCCCAAGCCCCCAAAGUCCCGUUCCAUGGUUGCUCCUGGUGCAAGAGGUUGUCCUGCCCCAAGAUUCAGGAGAUUUCUCCCCAGCCACUUCUCCAGCCCGUCCCGGUCCUGCCGAAGAGCAGCCCUGCCCCUCCAGCCUCCUAUCUGCUAACUCACAUCUGGCUUGGAACGUCGGCUGAACUGAAACCAGCCGGGAGGCUGGCAGGAGGCAAGGAGGAAGCAUCAGGCAUGCUUGCCCCUCUUCUUGCUCCUCUUUAAGCCUCCCGUGCCGCUGGUUCCUGGCUUUUGGGCUGAGGGUGUGGGGGGUCGAUUUCCACCCCCUUUGCGACAAGAAAAGAAGACGAGGAGGAAGAACAUCCUCCUCUUCCUCCUGCCAAGCAGAGCUCAUUUAAUACCAUCCCAGAGGCAGGUUGGGAAGAGCCAUGGCUACGCAGAGCCCGGCGGAAAGCCUGCAUGGUGAAGCCUCCUGCUCCAUCUGCCUGGGGUAUUUCCAAGACCCUGUCUCCAUCCACUGUGGCCACAACUUCUGCCGGGAGUGCAUCACCCGCUGCUGGGACGGGCUGGAGGCGCAUUUCUCCUGCCCGCAGUGCAGGCAGGCGGCUUCACGCAAGAGUUUCCGGCCCAGCAGGGAGCUGGCAAAUAUCGCUGAGAUCGCCAGGCAGCUGAGCCUGCAGGCGGGGGGUGGAGGAGGAGGAGGAGGAAGAGGAGGGGGACCGAAUUUGUGUGGGCAGCACCGGGAGGCUCUGAAGCUCUUCUGCAAGGAGGACCAGCAGCCCAUCUGCGUGGUCUGCGACAGGUCCCAGGCUCACCGCUUCCACACCGUCGUCCCCGUCGAAGAAGCUGCCCAGGAAUAUAAGGAAGAAAUCCAAGGCCGCCUGCAGGCAUUAAAGGAGGAGAGAGAAAAAUACCUGGAAAGCAGAAAAAUUGGAGUGAGGAAGAGCUCGUACCUGGAGAAAACCAAAACCGAAUGGAAGAAGAUGGUUGGUGAAUUUGAGCAAUUGCACCGAUUUUUGAAGGAGCAAGAGCGCCUCCUCCUGGCCCAGCUGGCAGAUCUGGACCGGGCCAUCACCAGAGUCCAGGAGGAAGCAAUGGCAAAGAUCUCGGAGGAGAUGUCCCACCUCGACACCCUGAUCUGGGAGAUGGAGGGGAAAUUCCAGCAGCCGCCGAGCCAAUUCCUCCAGGACAUCAGAAGACACCUGAAUAGUUGUGAGAUGAUGAAGUUCAACCCCCCGGAGACGAUUUCCUCCGACCUGGAGAGGAAACUUGAGGAGUUUGUUCAGAGAAACGCCCUCGUGAGGGACAUGCUGAGGACAUGCCAAGAUAGCCUGAUGUUCAAACUGCAAGAGCCAACCAAUGUGACCCUGGACCCGGCCACAGCUCACCCCAACCUUCACCUCUCCGAGGACCGAAAACAAGUCAGGGGCCAGCUGACGCCGCAAGACCUCCCGGACAACCCGGAGAGAUUUGACUUUGAACCCUGCGUGCUGGGCUGCGAGGGCUUCACCUCAGGGAGACAUUUCUGGGAGGUGGAGGUGGGGCAGGGAGGUGUCUGGGCCCUGGGGGUGGCCCGAGCAGCGGUCAAGAGGAAGGGACCCAUGAGCCUCACCCCCAAGGAGGGGGUGUGGGCGCUGGAAGCUUAUCACUCCCUCACCUCCCCCCGCGCCAACCUGCGCCUGAACCCCCUUCCCAGGAGGAUACGGGUCUCCUUGGACUAUGAAGGGGGGCGGGUGGCAUUUUUCAGUGCAGAUGAUGACAGUUCCAUCUUGGUUUACACCAGAGCCUCCUUCAACGGGGAGAGGGUCUUCCCCUGGUUCAAGAUGGGGAUGGGGGCUCGUUUGCAAGAAAUCACCCAAACCCCACCCUCAGAGAACCAGUCCGUGACUGGGCAGCUGAUGUCCCCUCUGGACUGGGUGGGAUUCAGGUCUCUCCUCCGAAUUUAUCCUUGAGAUAUGUGUCAAUGAGACCUUAACGAACCUGUCCUUGAGGUAUCUGUCAAUGACCUUAAUGAAUCUGUCCUUGAGGUGUCUAUCAAUCAGACCUUAAUGAAUCUGUCCUUGAGGUGUCUGUCAAUGAGACCUUAAUGGAAGGGCCAUCUCCUGCUUGAUGCCAGCUGUUUGCUGUAGUUGCUCAGAGCAUCGUGCCGAGAGAACUUGCUGCUGCUCCUCUCCUGUGUCUGUCUCCAUCGGGAGCUUCGGAAAGGCACCUGUAGGGCAAGGAUGGGGAGACAGGACACCAGCAGGCAGCGGUGAGGAGAAAGGAUCGGCCAGUAUGAGGUGACAGGGUCAGCACAUCAGAAGGAAGGGAACAUUGAGGGGUUGACCAAGGACGGAGAGCACUCAGGGCUUCCAAAUGUGUGGUCUUUUUUGAUUUAUUUUGCCUUUAAUGGACUGAAUCCUUCUGUUUAUACCUCGUUCCAAAGUGUUUUCUCUCUGACAUCAAUCACAAGGUGGAUCCGGAGUCUGUUCCGCAAAGGGCGGUGGCCUUUUAGUACCCGCUGGCUUGGUUUGGGGAGCUGGUCUCUAUCUCUGCCAAAUUUCUGAUAUUUAUUUGAAAUAAAAUAGCAUUUUGGUUUGCGCUUUCCACUUUC